AUGUCUCUCUAUCUCCGAGAGGACGGCGGCGGCAUGGAGCAGGUGGAGAUGGGAGUACUCGACAGCCUCGAGGAAGCGAGAGGGCAGCAGAAGCAGCUGCUCACGACGUCUUCGCAAGGAGAGACACCCUGCUCACAUGAAGAAUUCCUGAACGCCGGGGUGUAUGAUGUCAUGAGGGAGGCGUACAGCCUGUCGAUGAUAAGGCGGAAGGCUUACAUUACCCUGCACCUCCGUUUAUGCAAAGGAGCAGCCUUGAUCGUCAACGAGAAGGUGGGAAGGUUCAUGUUUGGCUGGAAGGCGCAUGAAAACAGGAUCCUAGACUACAUUGGCCAAGAGACCUCGAGGCUCUGUCAGGAGCUCUAUGGGAGGGAAGAGAGCGACAAGUACGUCCGAGUGUUUCUCAGGCGGAGGUUCCUCUAUUGCAUCAUAUCCACCUGCGUCACUAUCCUGCAAAUCUGCUCCCAGCUCCUGCACGUGGAGGUCCUGGCCGUGCUCCUGUCGUUGGUGACUCUCCCGAUAACCCUGGUGGAGAGACAAUUCGCUACCCUUGUGACCAAGAUGCUUCCUCGCGCCGAGCGGUCCCUCGCCCUGCAGUUCUCGCACGAGGCGAACGAGAUGGUUAGGAAGCACUUCCCUGCGUUGAAGAAGCUGCCGCGGGCUAGGAUGCAUAGGAGUCGAGCCUUCAACCUGACGUCCCUGGAGAUGGCGGUGGGUUUCUUGCAGUUCGUCUCAGCCGGGAUCAUCGUCCUCUUCUCCUUGUUCGUGCUGCUCAAACGGUCCCUGUACUUGGACGUCUUCCUGCUCAGCGACUGGUGCCUGCACCCGCUGUCCUGCCUCGACUUGUCCGGCAAGGUUAUCCUGUUCCGCGUGAUCAAGGAGGCGUGCAACUGGAUCUCUCCGUGGAUCGAGGAGACUCUGACGCCCGAGAAGUAUGCCUUCAACGAGCGGGUAGUGAGGAGCGCGCUGACAGAGAUCCAUCGUGCUGCUGGCAUCGAGGAGCUCUGCCGGCUGCUGGUGGAGUCGAGCAGCACCAGGAGGAGGUGCGCUGAACUUGUGGAGGACUUUGUUCUCUGCUGCAAGAUGGAAGAAGUGGAGAGGGACGCCGAGGAGGCGAUGGAGGUGGUGAACCUGAUGAUGAAGGCAGCUGAGUGUGGGGAGGACGCAGAGCAGGAGCAUCACCACAACAUCGGAACCAUCUCCCUCUCCCACUUCCAUCACCAUGGGGACUCCCGUCACUCUCACCAGGCAAAUUUUGUGCAGGCGGAGGGCGAUGGGCAUGUGCACCUGCUCGAGGACGGCAUCAAGUUCUGGCAUCAACACCAGCACGGCUCUCAGGCGCACGAGCAUGCGAUCUACAAGACUGAGGAGAACUGA